AUGCCUAGAGGAAAAGGUUAUCGUCGGUCUUUGGCUGGCAAGUUGAAGUACGCAAAGCGGAACACUCCUCAGCUUCCCACUCCUGAAGUGAUUCUGGUGCCAUGUGGUGGCACAUGUGAACCAUGUUGUGGUACGGGGGUUCGUCACCGAGUCAACGAAUGGACACGGUCAAAGGUUACAGGAAAACAACACAAGUUCAUCAUUCCUCCAGAGGUCCCAGACAAGUUCAUUCUGAUUGUCGGCGAUUCUCAUCUCCGGGCUAUAGUCGACGGGGUUGUUCCGAUGCCAAAGUCACAGGACAUUCCGCUGUCGUUUGGCUUCAUGUCUACUCCUGGGGGCACUGCUGCAGACCUGAGGGCCGAGUUGGACAACGCUCUUCUCCCCCGGAUCCCAGAUGCUAUCUGUCUCUUGGCACCUAGCAACAACCUCACUGCUAACCAAACCAUCAGUGAAGCGGCGGCGGAUUUCCGGAAACUACUGGACAGCACUAUCAACAUUUGUACUAAGGUCUUUGUCGUCGACUUCCCGCCGCGUUUGAACAUUGACCUGGACAUACAACGGCAUUAUCGUGAGGAGUACCAUCGUGUUGCAGCUCCGUUGGGUAUGUGA